GUUAUCUAAAAUUCUCUUUGGUUUCAUCAACAGAUGGCUCAGCGUCUUACUUUCAGGCGUAGGCUGUCCUACAACACAAAUUCCAACCGCAGGAAAGUUUCUAAAACUCCUGGUGGAAAGUUGGUGUACCUUUACCAAAAGAAAUUGGCAAAGACCCCAAUAUGUGGAGAUUAUAAGACAAAAUUGAGAGGCGUGAGGGCAGUUCGACCCCACAAAUUGAGUGCUAUGAGCAAACGACAGAAGACCGUGUCACGUGCUUACGGAGGUUCCCGCUGUCAUAAAGCUGUCAGAGAGAGAAUCAUCAGAGCUUUCCUGAUUGAAGAACAGAAGAUUGUUGCAAGAGUUCUGAAAGCACAGGAAGCAUCAAAGAAGCACUGAAUGUUUGAAUAAAGCGCUGUAAAAGUU